UCCACCACCUCCACCAUGGCCAAAUUCCUUACUUUCACCGCCAUUGUCGCCACCGCCGUGGUCGGUUAUGCCGUAUACUUUGACUACACUAGAAGAACCAAUCCAGCCUUUAGAAAAUCUUUGAAGAAAAAGUCCGUCAAGCAGAAGAAAAUCGAUGCUGAGGAAUCGUUACAGUCCCGGAAAUCAAAGUUGGAAGCCAUCAAAACUGCUUUAAACCAGGACUUGGAAGCCAGCCCAAUUCCAUCUGAUUUGGCUCAAAAGGAAGAGUUUUUCAUGCAACAAGUUGCCUUGGGUGAACAGUUGGCCGUUCAACCCUCCAAAAAGAUCGAGGCUGCUCUUUGUUUCUAUAAAGCUUUGGUGGUGUACCCAAACCCAACCGACAUUUUGGGUAUUUACCAGAGGUCUGUUCCUGAAGACGUGUAUGAAAUCGUCAUCAUGAUGAUAGCCGUAAAGCCUCCGGCGGCCGUGACGUCGAUUUUGGGCGAAGGCGGUGCUGGUGCUGGUGCUACUGCCGCGGAGCACAAGCCAUCCGAAGCCGAUUUGGAUUAAUUGUAAUGUGAUAUUCAUGACUUUUGGCCGUGACAGGAGAGGUCUCCCUGAGAGUCCGGGUCUGUUCAGGACACCCACCCCCACAGGUCCUCCCCCGGCCCCCUCUGUACAUAUUUCAUAAACGUCGUUGCACUGUUGUAUUCUGGCAUCGCGAAUCUCAAAUCUCGUAUU